AUGUUGGAAAAGAAAGAUUGGUUAAAUAAUGCAACCGAAGGUCACUAUAUAAAAGUAUUUUGUUAUGAAAAAUUUUCAAAAAUCAAACAAAUUGGAGAAGGUGGUUUCGGCGAGGAAGAGUCGUGUGAUUCCUCUCAUUGUGGUCUCAGUGAUGCCAUUUACAAAAUUAAUUCAGCAGGUAAUGCAAAGUCGCAUACCAAUUUGAAACAUGGUGCACACGAUGAAGAUAUCAAAUCGUCCAAACCGGUUAAAAGUUGCAAACAAAUAUUUGAGAGAUUUAAUGAAAUCUAUAAUGAUUACUGGUCUUCUAUGGAUAAACCAACAAAAUGUCUGAGCUAUUGUCAUGUUCCUUUUAAUGACGUUGAAGGAAUCUUGUGGCACCUUGAACACGAAUUUUUCGAGGACGAAGAGGAGAAAUACUGGUCAAACAUUAAUUUGCAAAAUAUUCCUCCUUAUUUUGGAUAUAGAAAAAAAGAAAUUAUCCUUAUUUUCGAGGCGUUCAAAGCACAUAAAGUUGGCAUCAAUAUCCUCCACUUGUUUCCAUAUUACAUAUUUUAUAGUUUUGGAAUACUUGCUUCGGAUGCGAUCAAGGAAGUCGAAAACUUUUUACCUUGGUUAACUGAAAAUUAUGGCGAUAUAAAUAAAAUAAAAUGCCAUGACAACAAGUAUUAUCUGUAUGGUGUGCUAGAUUAUUUCAGCAGUUACUUUAGAAAAAAGAAUUGUGGUUAUUGUUUAGCUCACCAAAUAAUUUUGAUAUUUCUAAGAAAUGGGUUUGAUCCCAAUAACAAGUAUUCCCUCUUAUUACCUAAUUUAUUAUUCUACGCCAUUAACCGAAAAUAUCCUGUCUUUAUAAUAGAGCUUAUUUUAGAAUAUCAUGUAGACUUGAAGAUUUUAAACGAAAACGGUCACGAUGCAUUAUUAUUUGCUUCCUUGCGUAAACGUAUCGAGAUAUUAGAACACCUGGUGAAGAAGAACUGUAGUUUUCUUGAUUAUCGAAGCAAGAUCAAAUUAUUACACCCUUUUUUCUUGUUCGAAAUUAUUUCCAAGGAUUAUCCGAUUCCCACGAUUGAGUUUUUUAUUGAACAAGGAAUAGUAGAUUUAUCGGUUAAGAAGGACAACUUGAAUGUACUUAGUUUCGCGGUCAAUCUCAAAAGGUCUGACAUUAUGAAAUUUCUUUUGGAAAAUUAUCCUGAGCUUAGCGAAGAAGAAAGUCUCACCAGUGCGUUAACACAAGCCGGGUAUUGGGGCCAAGAGAGAAGUUAUUUAAAAAGUUGGCAAGGCCUCGAAGGGGAGAACAAGAGGUUCAAGCUUAUGCUUAAGAAACUCGGGAAAUUGAGUUAA